UCCCGCUCUCCCCAUGACUAGAACAACCAAUUCUAAUACCUUGUGUGAUACUGCUGUUAAAACCUGCUCUCAGGUGAGGGAGAGAAAGAGACAGAGAGACAGAGAUAGAGAUAGAGAUGGGAGGGAUUCUUGCUUACGUUCUCAUCUUUCUUGUAAGUGUAGUGGCUUAUAUCAUUAAGAAAAGAAACAACAAAGAACCCUACACAGGAAUUAAGCUCCCACCAGGUUCGUUGGGAUGGCCUUACAUAGGAGAGACUCUUCAACUCUACUCUCAAGACCCAAAUGUGUUCUUUGCUUCCAAACAAAAAAGGUAUGGAGAAAUAUUCAAGACCCAUAUUCUUGGUUGCCCUAGUGUUAUGCUGGCUAGCCCUGAGGCAGCUCGGUUUGUGCUUGUGACUCAAGCUCAUUUGUUCAAGCCAACAUAUCCCAAAAGCAAGGAACAUUUGAUCGGUCCAUCAGCUCUUUUUUUUCAUCAAGGAGAUUACCAUGUCCGUCUAAGGAAGUUGGUUCAGGGAUCCUUGUCUCUGGAUGCAAUUCGAAAUUUGGUUGCUGAUAUUUCAGCUACAGCAGCCUCUACCUUAGACUCAUGGGAUGGUGGACAUGUCCUUAACACCUUCCAAGAAAUGAAAAAGUUUUCUUUUGAGGUAGGAAUACUAGCAAUUUUUGGCAAUUUGGAAGCCCAUUAUAGAGAAGAAUUGAAAAGGAACUACAGAAUUGUGGAUAAAGGCUAUAAUUCCUUUCCAACAAGCCUCCCGGGAACUCCUUUCAAGAAGGCAGUGCUGGCAAGAAAGAGGUUAAGCAAGAUUCUUGGUGAUAUUAUUUGUGAAAGAAAAGAGAAGAGGUUGCUUGAAAAGGAUCUCUUGGGUUGUCUAUUGAACUCAAAAGAUGAGAAAGGAGAAGUCUUAACCGAUGAUCAAAUCGCGGAUAACAUUAUCGGAGUGCUCUUUGCUGCUCAAGACACCACAGCUACUGCCAUGACAUGGAUUGUCAAGUAUCUCCAUGACAACCAGAAAAUUCUAGAGGCUGUAAAGGCCGAACAGAAUGCAAUCCGCAAACUGAACGAUGAGGAAAAUCAACCAUUGAGUUGGAGUCAAACUAGGAGCAUGCCAUUAACCCACAAGGUUGUGCUGGAGAGCUUGAGAAUGGCAAGCAUUAUAUCUUUUACAUUUAGGGAAGCAGUGGCUGAUGUCGAAUACAAGGGGUACUUGAUUCCGAAAGGUUGGAAGGUGAUGCCUUUGUUCAGGAACAUUCAUCACAAUCCAGAAUAUUUCAGUGAUCCUCAGAAAUUUGAUCCUACAAGAUUUGAGGUUGCACCAAAACCCAAUACAUAUAUGCCAUUUGGUAGUGGACAACAUGCCUGUCCAGGCAAUGAACUUGCCAAGUUGGAGAUUCUUGUUAUGAUCCACCAUUUGCUCACCAAGUUCAGAUGGAAAGUGGUGGGAUCUCAAAGUGGGAUUCAGUAUGGCCCAUUCCCUGUGCCAUUGCAUGGACUUCCAGCCAGAUUUUGGAAAGAAUCUACCAGCUAGGAGUGGUGCUCUUUCAUAAGUUGGGAUGCCAUUUGUCUCCAAAUUCACUUGUUAUUUUAACAAAUAGUAUUGUAUUCCUUUUUAGCCAAGUAUUUCUUAUUUUUGCUCCUAAUUAGCAGUAGGGUCUAAGCCAUAUCCUCUCCCAAGGCCCAUCUGGGGAUUGUAAGAGAUUCCUAUUUUUCUUAUCAAAUCCCAUCUCUUAUAAUUCUCAUUCU